AUGUUCGAUCAAGCCACGAAUAUGGGCGAUGAGAUCGCCGAGGAUCGUAACAACAACCACCGCCUUGGAUCCAACUCUCAGUGCCGUGACGGGAUAGACAAAUGCCAUACCGAAAUUGGGGGCAGGUCGCCGGUGCAGAGCACAACCGAUACCCCGGGUACAUCGGCUUCCACCCCGACCUCCUCCAGUGAAGACGGACAUGAUAAACUUUUAGGAGUGGACCCAGACUACUGCCGGAGGAUUUUAGUUCGAGAUGCCAAGGGCACCAUCCGGGAGAUCGUGUUGCCAAAGGGCCUGGACCUCGACAGGCCAAAACGAACGCGGACAUCAUUCACCGCGGAGCAGCUCUACCGGCUCGAGCUCGAGUUCCAGCGCUGCCAGUACGUAGUCGGCCGCGAGCGCACUGAGCUGGCGAGGCAGCUGAACCUGUCCGAAACACAGGUCAAAGUGUGGUUUCAGAACCGUCGUACCAAGCAGAAGAAAGACACAACCAAGGACUCUGACAAGCGCUCCUCCUCCACCUCCGAGUCGCUGGCCACCUGUAACAUCCUGCGCCUCCUUGAGCAGGGGCGCCUCCUCUCCGCCCAGCCCCCCAACCCCCUAUUGGGCACCCACCACCCAGGAAACGGCUCUCUAUUGGGCAGCCCCGGAGGCUCCUCCUCCUCGCCGGGUAGCAGCACACCACCGGGAAAUGGCGUUCAUGGGGUGGGCGGGACUUUCGGGCUGUCGUUGCCCUCCCUGGGUGGGACUCCGCCCUCGUCGCGUCUGGGUGUGCCGCCGUUGCACUCACUGUGCUUCUCCAUGCCGCUGCUAGGGGGUGCUCAUCAUGAACUGGCUUCCGGGUAUGGGUGCGGGUCCUCUGCGUUCGAACCCUACAUGCGGCUGGACAGGAUCUCCAAGGAUGGCGAUCUGACUGGGAAGAAGACAGUUUCCUAA